AUGGCUGAUACCAGUGAGGUCACUAACAACCAGCUGUUGGAACUCAUGCAAGCCAUGAGAGAAGACAUGUCGAAGAACAAACAGCAAACGGAUGCGCGGUUAGAAUCAAUGUCAGUCGAUAACGCAGCACUCCGCGAAGAGGUUUCGCAGCUGAGAAGCCAAACCACUUCCCAAGGCCAUGUUCCCACUUCAGUCCGAAUUCCACCUUUUCCUCGCCUUGAACAAACACCACCUCCUAGAGACCCUUUGCCUUAUCCUUUGAGUGCCCAGUUUAUUCCCGAGAAUUUGACCGGUUCUCCAAGAAGUAGACUCCCACAGCCACCACGUUUUCCUGCUGCACCUUUCGCGGGACCCACUAUCGCUUCAGUCGCCCAAGCGGCGAUGGCCAAGCAGAUCAUCGAACUGCGGGGAGAUAUAGAUAAAUUGACUAAAGCACCUCCUGCUUUGGCCAAAAUUAAUGCCAAUUGCUAUACGGGAUCACCGUUUGUGGACAAUAUAUACCAAACGGAUAUGCCACACAGGUUCAGCGUCCCGAGCAUGAAGUUAUAUAACGGGACUGAUGACCCCGAGGAUCACGUGGCUCACUACAAGUUAAAGAUGGGCGCUAUCGCCAUACCGUACGGCAUGCACGAGACGUGCAUGUGUAAAGGUUUCGGAUCGACUCUUACCGGUCCGGCUCUGCGUUGGUACAUCAACUUACCCAACGGCAGUAUUGCUUCUUUCGAGAAGCUAAUCGAGACGUUCAUGGUGCAAUUCUCGAGAACAACUAUUCAAACGCUCCGGAGUUGUUUACUCCCAGAUGGGGAGUUUUAUGAAGAACUCACAAAAUGUGAUGUUAGGAGUUACGAAGAAGCUCUGAUGAAAGCUACUGUAUUUGUUCGCUGGGAGGAGGAUGCGAGGAGAAAGCCAGUUAAUCCUCCUAAAGAAGAGAAACGAGAGGACAAACGUCCUAGGAAAGAUCAAUCCACCUUUGGCGAGCCUAGCAGUAACUGGCGCUCCCGCAAGUCCGGAGCAUCAGAUUAUGCGAAAAACUGUCCCGAGUACCCUCUUAAGAUACACCAAGUCGAGGCUGUACAAGUCUUGAAAAAGAUGGGCAGCGAGGUAAAGUGGCCACCUAAGAAAGAGACCGAAGGAUGGAAAGACCCCAAGAAGUGGUGUGACUUUCAUCAGGACAUUGGCCACACUACUCUUGAUUGUAGAGGACUUAGAUAUGAAGUGGAUUACCUGUUGAAAAGAGGUCACCUCAGAGAGUUGCUCUCUGAGCGCGGUAGAGCAAUCUGGGAAAAGAGGAAAGUUGAUGACCCAGAAGCAUUGCCACCCCCGCCACCAGUUACUCAAACUUACUGUGUAAUUUCUGGGGGAUCAGAGAUCAGUGGAUUGUCCCACACCUCUGCCAAGAAGCACGAGAAGGAAGCAGCAAACCCCGCUGCUAGAAUGGCACGUUCCUUUGGAACUUUCACUAAUCAGGUGAUGGUCUUCGCGGACGAUGAAGCUACCCAACUGUUACACCCGCACCAUGAUGCUUUGGUGCUCACACUUCAGGUUGCAAACAUUAACCUGAAGCGAAUUUUAAUUGACAAUGGGAGUUCCGCCAAUGUGUUGUUCUUGGCUGCCUACAAAGGAAUGGGUCUAGAUGAGACCUUGAUAUUACGAAAGUCAACGGCUCUUAUCGGGUUCAAUGGUGAGGUGAGUCAUUCAAUGGGAGAAGUUGUGUUACCCAUCUACGCUCCCGGGUUGAACAAGCAGACUCGGUUUUCCAUCGUAGAUUCACCCUCUGCUUAUAAUGCUAUUUUAGGACGACCUUGGUUGCACGCGAUACGGGCCGUACCUUCCACAUAUCAUCAAAUCCUGCGCUAUCCUACCAAUAAUGGCGUUAGGGAGAUUUUGGGAGAUCAACACUCUUCUAGGAGUUGUUAUAAAACAACCAUGAGGAGCAAGGGAGAAUCUUCGUAG